GGGGUGAAACCGCGCAGAAAAGUUUUUCAUCAUUUUGAUUUUCGUAAUAAUUAUUGAAAAAAUAAUUUUAAAGAAUUGGUCAAUUCACGCGAGUAAAAAGCGCGCAACGAUAAAGGACAUUUGAUUUUGAUAUUUGUGAUUGAUAUGUGAUUGAUAUGUGAUGGACGCGAGCAUCUAGCUCAUACGUAACCGUUGUCAUUUGUAAGGUGCUCCUCUCAAGAUUUUAAUUAAUUAUAUGAAGAAAAUGUUUUUAUUAUUUUUCUAUAUGUAUCACAAACGAAGUUAUGCUGCAAAGUCUCAAUGUACAAAUUUUUCUUUAAGAAACGUCUUCCAUGAACAUGCAAUAUAAUUCCUGGAAAUUGAGAAUCUAAUGUUUAAAGUCUGAAUAUCGUCGGAAAUGUUGUAGGCGACAAAGUUCAAAUUCCGAGGCACAUAUUUUGAGAUUCUAUCAUUUCUCGUAGUGACUGUCAGAUGGAAUAAAGUAUCGGCGAUUAUUGGUCCUGCAUUGACUUUAUAGUGGAAAAAUUAUGAUUCAUUGGCCAAAGUUAUUAGUCUGCGCAAAUGGCAAAGAUACAAGCUAUUCGAUGCAAAAUUUUAGAAUACAUCAAUAUUAAAAUACUCUCUCAGAAUGCGUACAAAGGAUCAUAAAAUAUACUUCGGGAUGACGCGCAAUUAGGCUUAUUUGCUUUCAAAGAACGUGCGCCGACAUCCCCUAUUGAGAGACAGGAAUCGUUAUAGGUCUAUUAAAAAAGCUUUGUCGAGUGUAUAAAUAAUGCGGUCGAGGCAUGACAUAGCCAUAUUAUCCGUAGGUCACGGAAUAUGUCCUGCUUUUAGUUUCCGAUUAUUAUCCGUAACUCGCGAAUUGUUCCGUUCUGAGUAAUUAUCUUAGUCGGUAGCAAAUCGUUUUACAAAAUAUAUUACGGGAGGAAUGCAAAGAAAUCAGUCAAUAUGCAGAUCGCGUGCAUCUUUCUUCGGGCCAAAUGACACGAAUAAUCGGGCAAGGACAAUAGCAAUGGAUUGAUAGAAAGCAUGCGAACCAUUAUAAUAGCUUUUCCGUUCACGAUUGGAGAUAUAUAUAGUGAUGGUUCUCUAUUGAUAUAUUUGUCGAUUAAAUCGUUUUCGAACUUUAUCGUUCAAACGGAUAUCGUAGGAGUAUCGAGAGGAUAUGGUAUAUCAUUCGAAAAAGCAAUCAGCAAUACAAAUAAAACGGACUUCCCUUAUUAUACGAAACACACUAUUAGUAAACGAAGCGACUGUUCAUGUAAAAAAUGGGCAUUACAAUAAAGCCAUAUUUCUGUACAAUCAAGCAUUGGAUUUGAAUCCCAAAGACAAGAACGCUUUAAUAGCGCGAAGCAAAUGUCAUCUUUUACUGGGUGAUCCACAAAAGGCAUUGGACGAUGCUGAAGCAGCUUUACGAUUAAAUCCUAAAGAUUCUAGCAACGCCAAAGCUGUGUACUGCAAAGCGGAGGCUCUCUAUCAUUUAGGCGAUUUCGAAAUGAGUUUGAUGUAUUAUUAUCGAGGAAUGAAGAUUCGUCCAGAAUUCGACCAAUUUCGUUUGGGUGUUCAAAAAGCAAGAGACGCGAUACAGAACAUAUUACGUAAGAAUUGAAAGACGUUUUUAUUAACAAACGUUGGUAAGAAUUAAAAACUAAAAAUUAAAAAUUAAAAAGAUGUCUUAUAAAAAUAUAGAUUAUGUUUUUAAACUUCUAAAAUGUUGAUAAUUUUAUUUUUGCUAUACAAAAAACAUAACAGAUAUAUUAAUUGCCUCUUGCCUAAAAGAAUUUUUUAAGUUUUUGACUGUAAACUUCAUGUCCGAUAGCUGCUGGUAAUAAAUUUACAAUAGACUCGUCAAGCAAUAAAAUGUCACAAACAACUUGCACAGUAUUCUUGCGAUUUACCGUAUAUUGUGAAAUAAUUAAUGAUGUAUUAGAAAACGUUAAUAAUAAAAGUUAACGUUUUUAAUAAUAAGAAGAAAGAGGAAUAAAAAGAAACAUACAUAUUUAAUAAUGAAUUAACAUAUAAUUUAUUACCAUAUAAUUAUAUAUGUAAUUAUAAGUUCACACAGAUUGUUACAGGUUACUAUAUACAAUUUAUGAAUACUAUUAUGUCCGUUUUAAUUCCGUCCCGUACAAUAUUUGCCAUGGAAAACCUACAGAAAAGCCGAACUGAAUUGAAGCGGAAUCAUUUUGGUUGGUUAGCCUUUCACUUAAUUUUCUUUCUGUUAAUGUUUCAUUCCGUUAUGUUUUUUUUUAUCGGAAUGCACUCUUACAAAAAACAAUUUUCAAUUGUGUUCAACAUAUUGAAAUCAGAUAAUAUAUUCUUUUUACUAUUUUAUAUCUCUUUACAUCUCGCAUGCAUAUCUAAGCAUUUCUCAUGUCAAGAGAGAGAGAGAGGAAGAGAGAGAGGACAUGCAUCAACCGGCCGUUUUAUCAUGGUACCCAUAUAGUUCCACCGCCUUUAAAAUGGAUCUAGCUUAUGUACAAGCUAGAAAAAGCGUCUUUCAAAAAAUGGCCUCUCUCAUGUUUCUGUUUCUUAUUUUUUUUUAAUAAACAAAUAUAAUUGUGUUCAAAAAAGUUUAACGGUUAUAAUUAACACAAAGAAAAAAAGAUGUUAAAUUUUCUCAAGCAAAAUAUAUUGAUUUGUGAAAUAAAGAUUCCGGACGAUUGAGGCAUAUUCUAAAUACGGUUUCACAAGAGUACAAUAAUUUUAAACACGUUUAAAAAAAAAGGCUAAUAAGAACUGGAAAUCACAGUGCUUUCACGUUCUCAGCUCUCCGUCUUGUUUUCAACUAAUUUUGUUUUAUAAUGUUCAAUAUUGUGGUCUUCUCUUAACGGCUGGAACCGGUAGGAGACUCACUGCGGAGACGGGAGGUGAAGCUGAAUGUCAAGACACACGAAUAUUUUUAAAUCAAUUUGUUGAAGUGGAUCCAAAGAAAGGAUUGAAACGUCCAUUAAAGAAAAAAAUGACUUGCAUUUUUAAAAAUUAAUGAUGUAUUAAUUUUUUGCAUCCCGCUCUUAUUAGCCCUUUUUUUAACCGUCUUGUAAUAUUUAUAUUUAAAGCCUUUUUAAAUUUGUUAUCAAUAACUUUAAAGUAUUAACAUUUUUUUUUAUAAUUUACACGAUCGAUUUACAAAAUCGAUAGUCUCUUUAAGUAUUUGCAGUAUUCAUGAUGAAAUUUAUA